AUGGGCAUGAACCUCAAGUCCCUAGUCGGGGCAAACGACUCUUGGCUAGAUGUCACCCCGUCAUCACAAGCUUCACCAACGGAUAUGGCAGAAGGCGACGAGAGGGGUUGCCAACGCGACAUCAAGAAGUUCCUCAAGAAAGCCUCGAAGAACCUCAGCAAGCACAUGCCUCGAGAGACCCACGUCAUACGUAUUCCCGCAGCAGCUGAUGAUGGAUACUUCCGUCUUGUUCUCUGCACUGGUGGUGGCGAUAGUGGGAGUGGUAAGAGGAAGGUCCUUUGCCCCAGCCCUGUUUUCCGCAUUGCUAGCACGUCAACGGACGCGAGUGUGGUACGCGGGGCAAGCUUUGCCAGUAUGCCGCUCGAACUCGGUAUCAAAGCCGGCUCCAUUGUUGCCAACACCGUUGUAAAUAGGUACGUGGGACCUGCUGCUGCUGUGGUGCAGUCACGUACGAAAAAGCUCCAGACGGCCAAGUUCGUUACGAAACACGCUACGCAUAUUGCAUAUGGCAAGUCUGCCAUCGAUAAAUCGGGUGUCAAGACGACUGUCACGGAGUACGAGGCACAGUAUGCCACCACGAGAGGCGGUGGAUACGCUCCAUGGCAGGGUGAUGAUGCCGGCUUCGAUGAAGCACCUCCAGAGGUGAUUGGUCCCGACUCUGGACCUAUGGACCCGUUCCCUAUCAAAUUUGAUGGAAGAAUCGUUCGAGGUACUGGCAGAGGCGGCAUGGAGCUUGGUAUCCCGACGGCAAAUCUCAGUGGCAUACCCGAGGAUGUCAAGAUGCGCAUGCGAGGAGUCUACUUCGGUUGGGCCCGGGUUGUCCCAAGAAGCGGACUGGAGCACAUUUCCACCGAUUGGCACGAGAGCAUCAUCACUGUCGGGCCAGCUCCAUACGCUACUCCACGCGUCGCGGCUGAGAAUGUCGCGACGGUGCACAUCAUUCACGAGUUUGGAGGCGCUCUCUUCCUGGAGACGAAGCUGAAAGUCAUAGUCAUGGGCCAGUUGCGGGUAUCUACGCCCCCAGUCGGUUCGGAUGCAGCUUUACAAGCGUACGGCACGGAUGUGUUGCUCACCGUUGCGAGCUUGAGUCGUGAUAACUGGGGUCCCAUCGAGACGAGGGAGAGGAUGCGCACAAUGAGGAGCGAGAUGAGUCUAGCUGAUCGGUAUGUUGAGGCGAGGGAGAAGGUGCAGAAACAGGUCGACCGGAUACCUGUUCAUCUGGCCGGUGUCAGGACGGAGGGCGCCGCAUUGAGAGACAAGGCCUAUGGAAAUGGAGGAAUAUGGAUUCCGAGAUAG